GAGUCUGGGUGGUGAUGCCUUCUCAAUGAGUGGUGUGCUUGGCCUCUCCUUUCCUGUUACUGUCACAGGAAGGUUUGUGGAAUUGAAAGUGGAAAUUGGGAAUCCCUGAGACAGGAUAUUUUCUGUGUUCAACUGCCCAUGAGUACUGCAUGUUAGCACAGUUUCAGGCUGGAAGACUCCUAAUGUUCAGUCUGAUGUUCAGGAUCCUGCCUAUUUGGAUUUGUUCACCUCCUGUUUGGAGGCCAUUUCACAGGGAGCACUUGGUGAUACCCCCACCAGCAGCUCUCCUGCCAGCAUUUCCCCCAUGCCAGCCCCAGGCUGACGGUGUGUCGCUGUUCCCUGCCCCUUCUGACUGGCGUCCCCUCUGCUGUUGUGCAGCUGGGCUGGCCCUGUGCUACGAGGACGAGACUCGGCUGGUGGACGACCUGUUCAGUAACUACAACAAGGUGGUGCGGCCCGUGGAGGAUCACCGGGACGCCGUGGUGGUCACCGUGGGGCUGCAGCUCAUCCAGCUCAUCAGCGUGGAUGAAGUAAAUCAGAUUGUGACAACCAACGUCCGCCUGAAACAGCAAUGGACCGACGUCAACCUCAGAUGGAAUCCAGAUGACUACGGUGGCGUAAAAAAAAUCCGCAUCCCCUCAGAUGAUAUCUGGCGGCCAGACCUUGUUCUUUACAACAAUGCAGACGGUGAUUUUGCCAUUGUAAAAUACACCAAAGUCCUUCUGGAGCACACAGGUCGGAUCACCUGGACACCACCAGCUAUUUUUAAGAGUUACUGUGAAAUUAUAGUCACACACUUCCCAUUUGACCAGCAGAACUGCAGUAUGAAGUUGGGAACUUGGACAUAUGAUGGUACAAUGGUUGUUAUUAACCCGGAGAGUGAUCGUCCAGAUCUGAGUAACUUCAUGGAGAGUGGGGAGUGGGUGAUGAAGGAUUACCGUGGCUGGAAGCACUGGGUGUACUAUGCCUGCUGCCCUGACACCCCCUACCUGGACAUCACCUACCACUUCCUCAUGCAACGCCUGCCUCUCUACUUCAUUGUGAACGUCAUCAUCCCCUGCCUGCUCUUCUCCUUUUUGACAGGGUUAGUUUUUUACCUACCCACAGAUUCAGGUGAGAAGAUGACUCUCAGCAUCUCUGUCCUGCUGUCUUUGACUGUGUUCCUGCUGGUCAUCGUGGAGCUGAUUCCCUCCACCUCCAGCGCAGUGCCUCUGAUCGGCAAGUACAUGCUGUUUACCAUGGUGUUUGUCAUCGCUUCGAUCAUCAUCACCGUCAUCGUCAUCAACACCCACCACCGCUCCCCCAGCACACACACCAUGCCCCACUGGGUCAGGAAGAUCUUUAUUGACACGAUCCCAAAUGUCAUGUUUUUCUCUACAAUGAAACGACCAUCAAGAGACAAACAAGACAAAAAUAUUUUUGCAGAAGAUAUUGAUAUCUCUGACAUUUCUGGGAAGUCAGGUUCUAUGCCUGUCAACUUCUACUCCCCGCUUACCAAAAACCCAGAUGUGAAAAAUGCUAUAGAGGGAAUCAAAUACAUUGCAGAAACGAUGAAAUCGGACCAAGAAGCCAGUAAUGCUGCAGAAGAAUGGAAGUUUGUUGCAAUGGUGCUUGAUCAUCUCCUCCUUGGCAUAUUUAUGCUAGUUUGUUUUAUAGGAACAUUAGCUGUAUUUGCUGGUCGCCUUAUUGAAUUAAAUCAGCAAGGAUGAACGUCAGCUGGAAACUAUUUGCUACCCUGAACAUCUGAAAGCAUCAUAACCAUCAAAAUCUGGCCAGCCUCUGAAAGGUUCACUGACAGGAAUCAGUGACUGCUGGGAAGGAGCAGGGAUAAUUAAAAUGUAAGGCUCCAUACUUAGCACUUCUGAGCUGCUGCUCAGUAGCAUUUAAUUGCUGAAAAGAAACACUUGCAUUAUUGGUAAACUUGAAUGGUUGAUAGCCAUUCAGAGGUUUUCAUCAAUUUUACCCUUUAUUAAAUAUGGUAAUGUAUUAAUUAGACUGUCUGACUUUGUAAGCAACAGAUACUAUUCCAGUGAAGCCAAUAGCAGUGUAAUAAGCUUUAGCUGAGCUGCAAAUCUGUACCAACUUUAGCAUUCAAGCUGGUUUUAAUAUCUGCUCUGUGGCUUUUGUAUUAGCAGGGUCACCCCUCUGAUAA